AUGCACCCAACAACCCUAAUCUUAUCAUCCUCACUAAUUUUAGUUAUUACAAUUCUUGUCUACCCCCUCUUAACAACGCUCAGCCCCUCCCGUAAGGACUCUAAAUGGGCCACGACACAUGUUAAAACUGCCGUCAGCGCUUCAUUUUUUGUUAGCCUUUUACCACUUAUUCUGUUUCUGGACCAAGGGGCUGAGACCAUUGUCACCAACUGACACUGGAUAAAUACAGCCACUUUUGAUAUUAAUAUUAGUUUUAAAUUUGAUCAUUAUUCGCUGAUUUUUACACCUAUUGCUCUCUAUGUAACUUGAUCUAUCCUUGAGUUUGCAUCUUGAUACAUACACUCGGACCCUAACAUAGAGCGAUUCUUUAAGUAUUUACUUCUGUUCUUAGUGGCCAUAAUUAUUCUCGUGACUGCUAACAAUCUUUUUCAGCUUUUUAUUGGCUGAGAAGGAGUAGGUAUUAUAUCAUUCCUAUUAAUUGGCUGGUGAUACGGGCGGGCGGAUGCAAACACCGCAGCCCUUCAAGCAGUAUUAUAUAACCGUGUGGGAGAUAUUGGACUUAUUAUGAGUAUGGCCUGGAUUGCAGUUAACCUAAACUCAUGGGAAAUUCAGCAGAUCUUUUUUUUGUCAAAAACCUUUGACAUAACACUUCCCCUUAUUGGAUUAAUCCUAGCAGCAACUGGUAAAUCAGCCCAGUUUGGUCUGCACCCAUGGCUGCCUUCUGCCAUGGAGGGCCCUACACCAGUGUCUGCCCUACUUCACUCCAGCACUAUAGUCGUUGCUGGCAUCUUUUUGCUUAUUCGACUCCACCCUAUUAUAGAAAACAACGCCUUAGCAUUAACAACCUGCCUCUGCCUAGGAGCACUAACCACUGUAUUCACAGCCGCCUGCGCCCUAACACAAAAUGAUAUCAAGAAGAUCGUGGCAUUUUCUACAUCUAGCCAAUUGGGCCUUAUAAUGGUUACCAUUGGUCUUAAUCAACCUCAGUUAGCGUUUUUACACAUCUGCACUCACGCAUUCUUCAAGGCCAUAUUAUUUUUAUGCUCAGGGUCUAUCAUUCACAGUCUUAAUGAUGAGCAAGAUAUUCGGAAGAUAGGAGGCUUACAUAACCUGCUACCCUUCACCUCAACCUGCCUAACCAUUGGCAGCCUGGCCCUAACCGGAACGCCCUUUCUGGCCGGCUUCUUCUCGAAGGAUGCCAUUAUUGAGGCACUAAAUACCUCUUACCUAAACGCCUGAGCCCUAACCUUAACCCUUAUUGCCACGUCCUUUACAGCCGUUUAUAGCUUCCGAGUAAUUUUUUUCGUCACCAUGGGUACCCCUCGGUUCCUCGCAUUAUCCCCUAUUAAUGAAAACAACUUAUUAGUAGUUAACCCCAUUAAACGACUCGCCUGAGGUAGUAUUGUUGCAGGGCUUAUUAUUACAUCAAAUUUCCUGGUUCUGAAAACUCCCACAAUGACCAUGCCCCUUAUCUUAAAAAUGGCUGCCCUCAUAGUCACAAUUACUGGCUUGUUAACAGCCAUUGAAUUAGCUGGUUUAACCAGUAAACAAUUUAAGACUAAUCCAACUGCCCCCUCCCACCACUUCUCUAAUAUACUAGGUUAUUUCCCAGCAAUCAUUCAUCGACUGAUUCCAAAACUAAACCUAGUACUAGGACAAUCCAUUGCAACACAGUUAGUAGACCAAACCUGGUUUGAGACUGUAGGACCAAAGGGACUGUCUUAUGCACAACUAAAAAUGGCCAAAACUAUUAGUGAUACUCAGCGCGGCAUAAUUAAAACCUACCUAACUAUUUUCUUGUUAUCAAUAACUCUUGCCGUAUUAUUAACAGCCAUUUAA